UUCUUGAAUUGUUUUUUUUGGGUGUGUGGAAAAAAGUUGUUUUUUUUUUUUUUUUUUACUUCUUUUAGUAUCUUGUCUUUCCAAUUCUAGUAACUUCACUGGUUCUUGAGCUCUUUCUCUUUCAGCUUUUUUAUUUUUCAGAUCUCUGUGUUUUUCUGAUCUUUCUUCAGUUGGAGUUAGUAAUGGAAGAAGAUUGUGAGUUUAGGCAUUGGGAUGAGUUGAUACCAGACGCUCUUGGUUUAAUCUUUAGCCAUUUACCUCUUCAAGAAGUUCUAACAGUUGUGCCUAGAGUUUGCAAAGCAUGGAACAGAGCUGUUACUGGACCUUAUUGUUGGCAAGAGAUUGAUAUUGAGCUGUGGAGUAACCGUUGUCACCAGUCUGAUCAUCUUGAUCGGAUGCUUGAGAUGUUGAUCCCUAGGAGCUCUGGCUCUUUGAGAAAACUCUCUGUCACUGGCCUUAGGAAUGACUCUAUCUUCUCCUUCAUUGCACAACAUGCUGGUUCGCUUAAAACGUUGAAGGUGCCAAGAAGUAGUCUGACUAAUUCGGGUGUGGUAAACGUAGCUGAAAAGCUUUCAUCUCUCACUUACUUGGACUUGAGCUACUGCUGCAAAGUAGGCGCAGAGGCGAUACAAGCCAUAGGCAAACACUGUAAAUCCCUGAGAGAGUUUUGCAGAAACAUGCAUCCAUUGGACGUAGCAAGUGUUGUCUCUCACGACGAUGAAGCUUAUGCAAUCGCCAACACAAUGCCAAAGCUGAAGCGGUUAGAAAUCGCAUACCACCGAGUGAGCACAGAAGGAGUACUCAAAAUCUUAUCUUGCUGCAUCUUUCUUGAGUUCUUGGAACUUAGAGGUUGUUGGGACGUGCAACUCGAUAACAAGUUCUUCAAAGAGAAGUUUCCGGAUAUGAAAGUGUUAGGUCCACGGGUGAUCGGAUUCUAUGAUAUGAUAAACGAUUGGGAGGAUUGCUGCUCAGAUUAUUUCUCUGAUGGGUCUGAUUACUUGGCUUGGGAGUUUCUUGAAGAUGGUGUAAUGGGAGAGUUCUAUGAAGAUGAGUUUGAGCAUGGUUGGGACGAUAACUUUUACGCAGACAACGCAAUUCUAGACAUGGAACCGCAUAUUUGGCCGCCAUCUCCAUGAAGAAACAGGUCUUGUUAUGUCCUUAAAGAUGCAUCUAGGAAUGGUUAUAGCCUCUUAUGUGUCACUUGAUCUAUGUAAUGGUGCUUGAACUUGUGUGGCUUCUCUUUGUGUUAUUCUAAUCUAAACCAGGCUGGUUCAUGGCUUUAAUCUCUCUCUUUACUUAGUGAUGUUUAGAAACCAUAUAUGUGUGUGUGUAUGUAUAGAAUUGGAGAUGUCAAGUUGAUGUAUAAGAAACAAAAAGUAGUGAAGUAAAAAAGGACAAAGCUAUUGAGGAAGAA